AUGAACGGCUCGCGCGGCAAGCUCACGCAGCCGCUGCGUCCAGUUGGCCGCUACAGGCCAGGGAAGGCGCCUGUUCCUGUCGCUUCAGACGACGACUCCGAUGAGGAGGAACAGCAGCAGCAGGUCGAGGGGGAAGGCGGCGCGGACCAAGAUGAAGCGGACGAGCAAGUGCAGGAGUUCUCUGCUACACGGCGAGACACUGCGCCCGCCGGGAGAAUCAACGUCGCCCUUCGCGAGGUCGAGGUUGACAAGGCGGGUAAGGUCAAGGUCGGCGGCAAGGACGAGGUGGGAAGAACAGAGAUGGAGAGCAGUGAGGGAGAGUACGAGACGGACAGCGAGGAAGAACGCGCUGCUGCACCUACAAAGCCGACUUUCCGACCACAAGCUUCCGCUGCCGCUGAAGAAGAGGAUUCGAGCGAGUACGAGACCGAUUCUGAGGAAGAGGAGCCCCUGAAACCGAUCUACAAGCCUGUCUUCGUUUCGAAACGGAAUCGCGACACGCUCGCUGAGAAGAAGGAGCUCGACGCCGAAGCUUUGGAGGCGCAGCGGGAAGCUGAGGAGAAGAAGCGACGAGAGGAGGCGAAGGCGCUGGUCGCGGAGAGUAUCGUCAGGGAGAUCUCGACGAAGGAAGCGGAGGAGACGCACCCCGACGUCGACGACACCGACGGUCUCGACCCGGAAGGCGAGUUCGAGGCGUGGAAGUUGCGCGAGCUGAUGCGGUUGAAAAGGGACCGCGAGGCCCGCUAUGCACUCGAAAAGAUCCGCGAGGAAGUCGAGGCUCGUCGUGCACUUCCCGAGGAGCUGCGUCUCAAGGAGGAUAUGGAGCGCGCGGACAAGACGAGGAAAGAGAAGAAGAAGGGACAGCAGGUCUUCCUGCAGAAGUACCACCACAAGGGUGUCUUCCACCAGGACCUCGACAUCCUCAAGAAGCACGACUACACUGCGCCGACGGCAUCGACCAUCACUGACGUCUCCUCCCUUCCCGCCGUCAUGCAAAAGCGCAACUUCGGCAAGGCGCAUCAGACCAAGUACACGCACUUGGCCGCUGAGGAUACGAGUCGGACCAGUGGAGGGUGGGGAAAGCCGUCGGGUCCUGGUGGCGGAGCGGGCGGAGGAAAAGAUGGCGGAUGUUUCCUGUGCGGCGGGCCUCACCUCAAGCGCGACUGCCCGCAACUUAACGAAGGCGCCUCGACCUCCGCCUCUGCCUCAGGCGCCAACUCCUCGGCCGCACGAACAGGUGGCGACGCUGGCUGGGCUGCUCGUCGGCCUCCUCCACCAUCCGACGACCGCUUCGCACCAGGCGGAAGCAGCGGACGACGAGGCGGGAUUGGCUAUGGACGAGGAGACGACGACAGGCGAGGCGGAGGAGGCGAUAGGCGGAGGUCGAGGAGCCGGGAGCGAAGAGAUCGGAGUCGUUCGCCGCCGAGAUACCGCGACUACGAUCGAAGCGAUGGAAGGGAGAAGGACCGGUACGGCGGGCGAAGAGACGAGGAUUACUCUCGCUCGUCUGGCUCGGGACGGGACGACCGCGACCGCGACAGGGACUACCGGCGGCGCAGCAGGAGUCGCAGCAGGAGUCCUGGGCGAGGCGAACGAGGCGGAUACAGCGGGCGGGACAGGGACGAGCGCGACCGACGGGAUCGAGACGACAAGCGCAGGCGACUGGAUUAUUGA